AUGGCAAACGGUUGGAGUCUCCUAAUCGGCCUCAUCGUCGUCGUGGCCGCCGGCGUCGCAGCUUGGUUGUUUAGUCCGAAGGGGGAGAAUCAGACAGUCUGGCGAAGCACAAUCAUCCUCUCGCUUGCGAGCUGUUAUCUGAUGUGGGCGAUCACAUUCCUCGCACAAUGGCAUCCGCUCAUUGCUCCCCGGAGAUCGGAUAUCCGGCCUGAUCGCGUACCGCAGUGA